UCGAGCGAGGCAGAUUACAGCCAUGAUGGUUGAUUGCUGCAGCGGCUAAGCACCACGGUUAACGAGGCAAGUGCAACCAGCUCGAGCAGAGCAGAGCUCACUCCCAAACCCUACUGCGGCAGCUCACUUAUUUCCAAGUGAGCUCCCCACUGUCUGCAAGACCACGGCCUCACCUCACUCCCCAAUCCUCACCAUAAACAAUUGGAAUAAUAAAUUCGAGGAGGAGGAGGAGGAAAAAAACAAGGCGAGGUCACAGGCUCAGCGAGCGCAUCUCCCUCUGCUUGCUUGUGCUGCCCCCUCGCGCGCCUCAUGCGCCGCAAGAAGCACUUGGACCGCGCUGGCGGCGGCGGCGGCACCGAGCUCUUCAUCUGCUUCACCUCCCGCCCCUCCGCCUCAGGGCUGCGACCCUCCUCAUCCUCCAAGCCAUUCAGCCCCGGCCGCGGCGGAGCCGGCCCCGCAGCAGGAGGAGGGAACGGCUCUGGUGGUGCUGGUGCUGCCGACGCGGCGCCGGCCGCGCUGCUGCGCCCGUCGCUGAGCAGGCGGCUGAGGAACAGCGGGAGCCUCAAGGGCGGCCAGUCGCCCAUGUUCCCGCCGGGGACGGCGUCGGGGGGCCGGCGCGGGCGGGGCGGGAUGGAGCCCGCCGAGCCCUCCUCGCCCAAGGUCACCUGCAUCGGCCAGGUCCGGGUCAAGGGCGGCAAGCGCAAGCCCAAGCACGCCUCCUCCUCCGCCGCCGCGCUGCGCUCGCGCUCCAGGCGCGGCGUCGGCGGCGGCCUGUCCGGGUCCGAGGCCAGCUUCCGCCGCGGGGCGGACGACCGGGACGGCGCCGGCGGCCUCCACCCCGGGGCCAAGAACCAGGGCUGGGUCUACCAGAUCCCGGUCAACAUCUGCGAGGCGCUCAAGACCUUCGGCUCCUGCGGCGGCCGCUCCCUCUGCUCGCCGUCCCGGGACCGUGGGGGCGCGCCGCGGUCCGGUGCCGCGGGAGACAAGAAGCGCCGCCGCGCCCCGGCCGGCGGGAGCUGGCUCUGCGGCGCCGCCGUGGCCCGGUGCCUCCUGGCGAUCCAGGAGGAGGAGGACGACGUCGGGAAGGGCUCCGCCGUCGGGCCCGCGGACGAGGCCCGGGAGUCGCAGGUGGGGCUCGUGAUGCAGGGCUGGGACGUGGAGGACGACGAAGAAGAGGAGGAGGACGAGACCCGCGUCGUCGUCGGCGCGGUGGAGGUGGAGAAGGAAGAUGAGAUCUUGCUGGUUGGAGGCAAGGAGGAGGAGGGGAGGGUCAGCGUCUGCAUCCCGCCUAGGAACGCUCUCCUGCUGAUGCGCUGCAGAUCCGACCCCGUGCGCAUGGCGGAGCUCGCCACGCGCUUCUGGGGUUCCCCUGCGGCGGCCACUGCCAGUGUCGGCCAGGUCGACAAUGAAGGGGGCGGCGGCGGCGUCGAGAAAGAAGAGGAGGAAGAAGGCGAGGCCAAUGUGGAGAAGGAAUGUGCAGUGGAAGCUCGGAAUUCAGCUGUUUCCGCCGACGGUGAGGUAUGCCGCGAGCGCGGCGGCUUUGAAGACGACGGCGGCGAGGCAGGGGAUGCCGGUCAAGUGGUGUCUGAAGAUGAGAGCUCCAAGCAUGGAGAUAUUGGGGAAGAAGCGAAUGAUGGAGGCUGCAGAGGAGAUGCAGAGGAGAAGGACGAGCCUGUGGAGGCUCAGAUUGUUCGCAAGGACGUAGGCUUGGAGGUUGAAGCUGCCAAGAGUGAGAGCCAAGCACCGGCAAUGGUGGAGGCUGUGGCAGACACCAAGGAGGAUGCUGAUGCCCCAAGAAUGGAGGACGAGGUGAAGGGCAGGAGGUCAGUCAGCAGCUGCUCCCCAUCCACAGCACUGAAGGAGGACCGCAAAUUGCGGCGGUUGGGCAGCACCAGGAGGCGUGUUUCUACGAGCAGCAAGGCCUCCUCGAGCAGUGAUCGUGUCGACAGGCGGCACAGCUUCUCGGCCGAAAUGGAGGCGCGGCGGUCGAGCUUCUCGAGCUUGAAGGAUUCGAGGAGGGCAAGCUUCUCCAUCGACAGGGAUGGCCGGAGGUGGAGCUUCACCAUUGAGCAGGAGCACCUCGUCGCGGAGCCUAAGGUUUUGAUGGCAUCCAGGAAGGGGAAGAAAAAUUCGUCCGAGGCCGAGUCGGAGAAGGACUGCCCUGUUCUUGUUGCUGCACCAAACAGCGUGGAGGAAGCCCAAGAGUGCACUGAGGAUGGAAAGGAAGAGGCCACAAAUGUUGAUGGUGAGGAAGAAGGAGCAACAACACAAUGUGCUGAAAUUCACACAGAAGUUCAGAAGGUUGAGACCGGAGUCGAUGAGGAAAAAUGUGUUGUGGUGAAGCAGGAACAGAGGAAGAAGAGCGGCGAGCUGCCGGAUUGCCUCCUUAUGAUGAUGUGCGAGCCCAAGCUCUCCAUGGAGGUCUCCAAGGAGACAUGGGUGUGCAGCACCGAUUUCGUCCACUGGAAGUCUCACCAGGGCCAGAAUCGUCGCCAACAAAAUGCUGCUGCUGCCCCGGAGGAGAUGAAGGAUGAUUCAAGCAAUGCUCCGGACACCAGCGUCGCAAAGGAUACAGAAGAGAGCGCUGUAGUGCCAGCACCGGCGAACCCCGCGUGUAUGCCACCGCAGGCUGCCCCGAAGCCACCAACGAAGCCAGCAGGGGAGCAGAAGCUCAAGCUAGAGCUGCCAAAGGUCGCCGCCGGCGUGGUGGCGGCGUACGCGCCGCUCGUCCUGAAGCGCUGCAAGUCGGAGCCUUUGCGGUCGUCCGCUCGGCUGGCGCCCGACACGUGCUUCUGGAAGGAGGACCGGCACCGGCCCCUCAACGCCACCGGGAUCGGCUUCUGAUCCCGGACAAGCACGCUGGUACGCCCUGGUUUAAUUAGCUAGCUAGUUAGUGACCACCCCACGUUUUUAUGAGCCAUGUUCUGUAAUAACUGUAGUGAGCUUUGUUGUUGUGUAAUUGUAGUGAGCUUGUUUUUCCAUGCUUGGUACGUACGUGCUGUUAGUUAUGUGAGAUGUGGAGAAGGACAAGGGAUAUUGAGCAAGUUACAUGAGAUGAGAAUAGAUUAGGGAGGAGUAUGUGUAAAAAUCUCUGAGGUUUGCUUUGAUUUGCUCUGUUCGGUGUGCUAGUUCCCUUUUCCUGUUACGAUGGAUGAUGUUUGCACAUUACCUAAAAACAUGAUUGUGCUUUAA